AUGGCAGCCCCCGCGCCGCCGCACGGGCUCGCGCUGCUCACGCCACCAGCACCAGCAACUGCCUCACCUGCUUCCAUCCGCGUUGGACUUGCUGCCGCGUCACUCGUGUAUUCGAUCGACGGCCGCUACGUCUUCCAGCGUCAAGGCGCUGUUGUGCGGGUGCUGCAUGGGGCCAGCGGGCGCGUGUUGCACGAAUGUACACGUCCCCACUCGGCCAGCUCCGUCUCGGCCAUUGCUGUGCACCCACAGACUCCUUCUCAGCUCCUUGCCGGGUACGAAGAUGGCUACAUACUACUGUGGGAUUUUCUCGCCCAAGCAGUGCGACUCAAAAGUGACCUGGGCGGACCCAUUUUGUGGAUGGCUACAAGUCGCUCGAGCCCAUCGCAAUUGGUGGCUGUCGUGAAAAGCCCAAAGCGCCACUGGUCGCUGCUGACGUACAGCCUCAAGCACAAGAAACGCGGCCGCGUGUUCGUGCAGUCGCCCACGGCGUUCCAUACUGCAGCGCUCCAGAGCUACGUCCAACGUCCAGACGACGUUACUGCCACUGCUGCUGCUGUAACAACAGGGGACUAUAUUGUGCUUGUCGCGGGCCGCAGCCUUUUCACGGGAUGGCUACAUUACGACCCACGGACGCCUGUGGUCGUAGCGCCGCAGUUUGAGCACGUGCGGGACGUGACGUGCAUUGCCAUAAGUCCCGUGCGCGUGGAGUUUUCCAUUGGCGACUGGGAGGGACAGAUCUUUCGGUACGAUCAGCACGCGCUGAGCGAGAACCAGUCGGCUGCCCAACUGCAUUGGCACGCGCACGCAGUGCACUGUCUGCAGUACUCGACGGACGGUCAGCACUUGCUGUCGGGCGGCGAAGAGUGUGUGUUGGUGACGUGGCAGCUGGAAACAGGGCGACGGACGUACUUGCCGCGUCUGCCAGCCCCGGUCGAAGAGAUUGCACCGCGGCAGGAAGGAGGCGUGUACGUUGUGGGGCUUGCUGAUAAUGUGCUGUUCCAGUACAAUGCCGUGACGCGGGAACAGGAGUGGGAAGCGCGCGGACUGGCGCGUGCUGGUGGAUCGGCGGCUGAGUCGCUGCCCAUGCGGCAAGUGGCAGUCGACCCGAUCUCGAAGGCACUGGUGAUCAACGGCUCGUCGGGUGCUGGGGUCUUGCAGUUCUACGAACCAUUUGCUGACCGUGUGUUGCAGACGCUAGUGCUCUCGGAACGCAACCAAGUGACACGUACGAAUGACGAAGUGAUGCCGACACUGCUGGCGUCGCACGCACGCUUUAGCUUUCGUGGUGGUGACCUCGUGACGCUUCAUGCGCCGACGACCGCGGACGCUGGCAACGAACAGGCUCUGCGCUUUUGGACGCGUCGUGUGGACGGGUCAUUUUUUGUCAACACGUCGGUGGACGCCCCUCACGGUCGGGCUCGUGUUACGAGCGUGGUGUUUUCUCCUACAGCUGACGGCGACUGUGUUGUGACUGCUGAUACUCAGGGCGAUUUCAAAGUCUGGCAGAAAGUAGCAGCCGAGGCAGGUGGUGUCUCGUGGCUCUGUCAAUCCGUUGUUCGCUUCCGUGAUGAACCAGUGACGGCUGUGAGUUUUGCACGUGAUGGCUCGCUACUUGCCGUGGCGUACGGCAACAAGCUUACGCUGUGGGACGUUGCCACGCACUCUUUGCGUCGUGUGCUUUCUUCCGCGGACGGUCAGCCGGUAAAGCAGAUCAUGUUUCCAGGCGUCAAUCUGCCUUACGUUGUGGUGCUGACGGACACCCAGCUGCAAGUAUGGAACCUGUUGUCGCUGUCGCUUUGGUGGCGCUAUAAUGUGCCAAAGGGUACUGCUGUGGCCGAGGAGGCACUGCAUGAACGCUUUUUGAUCUGGAUGCCUGUGGGUGAGAGGGAGAGCAAGAAAACGUUGCUGCUCGUGUUUGAUCCGCAAACACCGGUGCCAACGUGCAUACGUGUUGUCGAUUUCGACAGUAAGGUGUGGGCCGCUGGCUUCCACGCUGGCACUGGUGACAUUCUCCUCAUUGAUGACAAGACGGGUGUCUGGAGACUGGAUGGACUCGAUGCCAGCUCUUUGGACGCAAAGCGUCGCAAACAGGCGUACGUUGCUGCCGUUGCAGCAAGUGCUGGCUCCAAGAGUAGCGAAGAGGGUAUCAAAGCAUUGAGCACGAUGUAUGACAAGUCUGCCAGUCGCAGCAGUCGUCUGUUACAGAAGAAGAGCGGUCAGAGCACAUACGACCACCACAACGGUGCAGUUUCGAAUGGAUCUGCGUCUGAUAGUCUCUUUGAUGCACCCGCACACGUCCUGCCGUCAAUGACGGCGCUGUACAGACCUUUCAUGGAUACAAUGCUGCCAAAGCCGCACCGGGUCGACAAGAGUGGCGAUGCGUCCAUGAACGUCAACGGCGAAGCAGGCAGUACACACAAGAAGAAGAAGAACAAACGGCGCAAGAAGCAGCUGGAAGCACAACAGCAGCAGCAGACUUCGGCUGAUAGUUUGGUUCACGAAGACGGAGAACAGCGCAAGCGCAUAAAGUGUCGGGUUGAACAAGAAUUGGCGAACUCGGAGUUGCAGCAGCGGACGUACUCGAAGUUACUGGAGACUUUCCGCAAGAGUAAGGCGCGUCGAGCGUAA